AAUUAACCGACUUAAAAGCUCCAGAUCGGAAUUUUAUUUACAAACCGACUUAGUCGAACCAGUACUAUACCGUACUUGAAAUAGUGAUCGUUAAACCAAUGAAAUAACCGAUUUCUCUAAUCCUUUCCAAUUCUUGUGUGCUCCUCCUAUAUUUGAGGUAGUCAUAAAAUUAUAUACAGUUAUCUCAUGGACUUGUCUUCCUAUCACACUCAAACUCAGAUCUUAUGGGAGGAACUUUCAAACAUUCAAACUACACCUCAUACCGUUGAGGAUCUUCUUGCAGAAAAGGAAACUAAUCGGGUUAUAGAUUUCUUGAUGGGACUUAAUGAUUCUUAUGAUAAUCUUCGCAGUCGCAUUUUGAUGAAGAACAGUCUUCCUUCUCUUUCCGAGAUUUACAACCUCCUGGACCAAGAUGACAGCCAGAAGAGUGUCACGGUUGCUGCCACCAGUGAUUUCAGUAUUGCUGCCUUUCAGGUGUCACAUUCACAGUCCCAGGGAUUUAGUAAAUCUGCUCAGGCUCCUACUUCUCAGAAUGCAAGUGCUCCUCCUUAUCAGCGAAACAAUCGCCCACAGUGUAUCUUUUGUGGGAAAGCAGGUCAUGUUGUGGAUAAAUGUUGGAAGAAACAUGGCUAUCCUACGAGUUUCAAGCCAAAUAUCCGAUCUGAUAAGCCCUCUCCUCUUGUUGCGAAUGUGGCUCUUGAGGAAGGCUCCAGUGAUCCUGAUACUGUCACCGGAGAUUUGUCUGCGACUCAGAUUCAGCAAUUGAUGUCCUUCUUGGCCAGUAAGCUUCAACCUCCUAGUUCCACUCCCACCCCAGAAGUUCACUCUGUCUCAAUUUUCUCUGCUCUUCCUUCUUCCACCAUUGGCCCAAUGUCUGGAUCGUACUCGGGGAUUAACGAUUGGGACGGGUAGGCAAAUCGCAAAUCUUUACUUCCUGGAUGUCGAGUCUCUUUCUAGUCCAGGUACUGCUCUUUCAGUUGUUGCUGCCUCUGUUUCAAGUCCUGAACUCUGGCACAGUCGUUUAGGUCAUCCUUCUAUGUCUAAACUUCAGUCUAUGCAGUCCAUAUUAUCUUUAGACAACUCUAAAAUUGAUACUCAUUAUCAUUGUUAAGUUUGUCAUCUAUCUAAACAAAAACAUCUUCCUUUUAUUUCUAAAAAUCA